AUGAGCAAGGAGUGCAUCUGGGGCGAUAUUGCACUGUUGUCUAACCGCGAUCUAUCAACCCCUCAGAGCUCAGCGCAGUGGUCUCUGCACAAGCUGUGGUCAACCGGGCACGAGGGAGUCGUCAGAAGCCUUCUGUGGGACGAAAAGGAUCAAGUCCUAGUCACGGGCGGAGAAGAUGGAAAAAUCUGCGUCUGGCCUGGACUAUCCCAGGGCGGCCUUGGUGGGCGGGGUGUCGUUGUCGAAGAUGAAUCUGCCAUGGACGUCGAUUCUGAUUUGGGCAAUAAAAGAAGUCGUUCAAGGGAUAUGGAUUGGGAUGCGGAAGACGUUGACCCAAACGGAAAAAAUGGGAAACGUUUGAAGAGAUAA